GCUGCGUCAGUACCUCCGACACCGUCGCACUAUACACCUGUGCACCGCGUACCGACACAGACGCACGCGCACCCGCUCAGCCGCACGCAAGCGCAUCAUCAACUUACUCCGUUCGACAUAUUUUCAGAGAUGAGCCGGCACGUGUGCCUGGCGGCUGUCGCCUUGAUGGCCGUACUCUGCGUAGCAGAUGCCCAGAGACGUCUUGCUCUACCAGACCCAAGAAGCUGUGCAAACAGAGUUCGUCACUCGACAUACCGCGACGCUCGAGGAGUCCUGCACUCUUACUUCUUCAGUUGGGAGCAUGCCCCAACCCGCAACCUGGAGGUAGACUGGCUGGACGCCAGAAACAUCUGUCGUCGUCACUGCAUGGACGCCGUCUCUCUAGAAACUCCUCAGGAAAAUGAAUUCGUGAAACAAAGGAUUGCUCGCGGAAACGUCAGAUACAUUUGGACUUCGGGACGCAAAUGCAACUUCGCCGGCUGUGACCGCGCUGACCUCCAGCCCCCCAAUGUCAACGGCUGGUUCUGGUCUGGAUCCGGCGCCAAGAUUGGACAAACUACCCAGCGUAACACUGGUGACUGGUCUUACACUGGUGGAUACGGCCAACCUCAGCCUGACAACCGCGAAGCCGCUCAGGGUAACGACGAGUCCUGCCUGGCGAUCCUGAACAACUUCUACAACGACGGCAUCAAGUGGCACGAUGUGGCCUGCCACCACGUGAAGCCGUUCGUGUGCGAGGACAGCGACGAGCUGCUUAACUUCGUGCGCUCGCGCAACCCUGGCCUCCGCCUAUGAAACUCUUAAUUAUAUCGCACUCUCGCCUUCUAGUACUUUAGAUGGCUGACAUUGUACAAAACCAAGUGUCUAUCUAUUAUUAAGUUAUUUAUUAAAUUAACAAAUUGUUCAUAAUUUGGAUAUUUUACUCAAUGAUAGCCAUAACUACAUCCUCAAUAUAACAGAGUGAAAUAAUAAUAUGAUCUUAUUGAGUAUGGUUACGUCAAUACAAAGCCGUGUAUAGCUUUAAGGGUUCUAAAUUCACGACCUUGAAAACCUAGGUUUAUCUUGGUGCUAAUUUUUAAAUUAUUUCGUCGGUCAUGCUCUCCACCACUCAGGUUAUUUAUAUUAUAAAAUUAUUUCACUCUUAAAAAUGUUGUAAAAAGUAUUAUUUUGCACAAAUAGGAUUAACUUUUUAAGUGUUAGAAUAAAUAAAAAAUAAUAUGAUAUUUAAGUUUUUUUAUUGAAAGAUACCACUCAAUUAAAAUAAUUCAUCAUACAUAUAAUUGACAAAAUUUUAACCUAACUUUGGAUUUUUUAAAUAACAUUACAUAAUUACUACAAAGACACUAGAUAGGUGAUUUUAGGUCAAUUAUAUGAGUACAAAAAUAAUAAAAAACAAUAGGGCAUUAUUCAAGAUAAUAAACGCCAACCAAAUUAAAAUCGAAGUUUAAAAAAAGGUCACAAUAAACUAACAAGACACGAUCAUUAUACAGUAAUAGAUAAAACGAUUUAAAAAGUUUUUAAAGAACUUAAUAGACGACAUAAAACGAAACAAAACACGUUAAAAUUACAUAAUUGGAAAAUCUCGUCACGUAAUAAAACGGUACAAACACCCGUAUAACAUAUUCUCACACAACGCACACUAAACGCAAGGCUUUCUUUCUAGACUUUAGCGAGCUAGGUCAAGAAAGUUUUACUUAUUUUGUCGAACAAUAAUACAUGAAUCAACUGCCGAGACUUUUAUAUCUUCAUAUAAUAUGAGAAAAUACAAAAACACAUACCACGCUGUCUAUAAAACAUCACUUUUACUAGUGUACCACAUGAAUUCGUGUUCAUGACACAUUUAUGAAGCGUGUUAAUCGCAGGUACUCAUAUUUCUUAUUAGUUCUAGCAAUUAGCAAAGAUUUUAAUGUACCGAAAGAAAAUAAUUGGAUUAGCAAUAGUUUUCUAGCGAGUAACGGCUUUCUUAUACAUUGACAUUUAAUAAUAAAGGAUUUAUUAUGCACAUACUUCGACCAUGUCAGUAUCUUACCAAGUUUAAAUCAAAUUCAAUAGUUAAUUGAACAAUUGUGAUCGUGUGUCAAACUUAUAAAUACCUAGAUAUUGUAUAAUAUUCGUUUAAUUUCGCCGCUCCGUAUAUUACGAACUAGGUAAUCAUGGAAGUUAUUUAGUAUGGAGGAUGUUUUAUAAAGGGCUGAUUUUUCAAUAAUUAGAUAA